UCAAUUGCUUGGGGUGUAAGCUUGACCCCCAUUCAGUGCAGACAGGGGUGCAGGUCCAGACAAAGGGAGUCUGGUAACCGCAGGAGCCUUGCACAUGUACAAUGUUGAGUAUGAGCGCGGGAAGCUGUCGCUGGUACUCGCCAAAUUUCUCUCGGCAGUUGACCCGUCAGCAUCGCAACUCAGCGCGCAGCCCUGUUAGUCAGCCAUACUACAUGAUUGCUUCGUGCUCGCUUCUGCGAAACUCCUCUCGAAUCCUUCUAUUUUUGUCCCAAAGGACGAUCAACCAGGGGAUACUUCCCACACCAAUCUAUCGUCAUGAGUGUUAACGUCGUGAGUGCGUCUCAAGCUGCCCUCAACCCAGCAGCCACGGGGUCACUGUUCUCCUGUAGUCGGUCAGAUGUCCCGUGCCAUCACUUCUGUCUGCGGCACUCCGAGCCCCUCAAGCAGGAGGUUGAGGAGUGGUUCAUGACCGACGAGGUUGAGGAAGAGAAUGGGGAAGACGAGAAGGGACAGGAGUCGUCGGGGUCUGGGGAGGAUUUCAACAGGGACAUGAUGGAGGAGGGAUUGCUCGACCAGCUGCUAGACGAAGCCUACGCCCACUACUACGAUGAGCCGGAUGAGUGGGAGGAGCUGGCCGACUGGUACACCAAUCGCAUGAUCUCCGAUGGACCGUUUGACGACGAGGAGGAGACGGAUCAGCCAUCCAGCACGUCGGGUGCCGCUCCGGAGAGAGGCUUCCACCCGGCUUGGCGCCAGGAGCCGGUGGGCACGUCCGGUGCCUCAUCGGCGGCAUCAGCAAGCCCCAGCGGGCAGACUCGGAGAUCGAGCGAGCCCGAGGUGGCGGGUCACGGCCAGGCCCGCGGAGUCAAGCGGCGAGAUUGGGCAGGGCUGGUUGACGAACAGGAACGCGAAGAGGAGAUGGAACUCUCGACGACCAGCCAGCAAAACCGCCGAGGUAGUGCCGGCUGGAGCGAAGCUGCACGAGUCCGAGAAUGCGAACUGUAUGAAACCUUCAAUGAUCUUUUCUUACCUGAUCCGGAAUCUGGACGUUUGUAGUAGAAUCAUUCUCUAAUUAAUUGAACUCGAUGUAUGCCCAUCAUCGUGAUUUACAAGUUAGGAAAGCAGUUUUAGAUGAACACUUUUGAUCAGAAGAUUAUAGAAUUCCCAUUUAUCAAUUCGUGGUUACAUCAUUCCACCAGGUAAGGAGUGUAUAUCUUUUUGCCAUGAGAGUUAUUAAUAACCUGAUGAACACAUCAGGGAGAAUUGCCCUAGAUUAAAAGGAGACAUUGUUCCUAGUGCUGUCUGAAAUGACGAUAUCUCUGAAUAAUUGUCGGUUAUUGGUACUUGGUCUUCACUAAUUCUAAUUGUAAAUAUUAUAAAUUUUGGAUUGAAUAUACUCGUCUGCUUAUUUUUCAAGUCUCGGAAUGAAUAAAACAAUUCAGAUUUUUAUGAAGCGAA